AUGGCCGUCACUGCCAAGCAGAAGACCAUCACUCCCGAUCCCCAAAAAAGUCCACUCGCAGGAACAAUUCCGACCAAGAAGCUCACAAAGGAGCAGCUUUUCAAGACACAUGAGGGACACAUCAAAACACAAAAUGCCACUCAAACUCCCAAUGGCCCCAGGGCAGUGAAGCAACCAAACUUGGCGGAAGCAUACCCUGCUUCUACCAAGUCCAUCAGAGAUCUCGAGAUCAUCCCACUAAGUGAACUCAGCGUAGAAACACAUCACCGAGGCAAGGGUCUUAUCGUCAAAGUAGUCAGCCCGCCCUACAUUGGCGCCGGUGCGGUCAGUAUCGUUGAGGACCAGUGGGGUAAUGUCGACAAACUUGCCAUCUACAACCAAGGCGACUCGGCGAUCCUGUCGGGCGUUCCCGAGGGCUGUAUCGUUGCCGUCAAGGAGCCUUAUUACGUCCAAAAUGGCGCGGAGCACGAUUUCAUGAUCUGCGUCGAUCACCCGUCAGAUGUUAUUCUGUUGAGGUUUACAGAUUCCAUCAUCCCAGAGCCAUUGAGAUUGGGACCGCUGUUGAAGUCAGCUGCCGAGUGGAGGACGGCGGGUGAUCAGGCAUUUUUGGAACGAGAUUUCCCUACGGCUGUCUUUUGCUACACAGAAGCAUUAGAAGGCUUAGAAGACGAGACCACCAAAGCUCCAGUCUACACCAAGCGCGCCGGCGUCAACCUCCUCCUAGGUCGCUACGACGCCGCCAAAUCCGACGCCCUCGCCUCCCGCACUGGUGCUCCCACCGACUGGAAAGCCUACUACAAUGCCGGUCGCGCUGCCUACGGUCUGUGCGAGUACGCCACCAGCAAUUCCUACUUCGAAGAAGCCCUCAAACUCAACGCCAAAGGCGCCAGCGUGCAAAAAGAAUACGAGCGGGUACAAGCCCGCGUCAAUGAAGAAGAAUCCGGCAACUACGACUUCGCAGCCAUGCACGCCUCCCUCUCCCCCACCAACGUUCACAUCGACGCCGGCUCCUUCCUCGCCAACACUCGCGUCGCCGACUCCGGCCACCACGGCCGCGGCCUCUUCGCCACUCGCCUCUUGAAAGCCGGCGACCUGGUCUACGUCGAAAAAGCCACGUUGAUGCCCAACCAGUACGACCCCGUCCGCGCCUCAGCGGCGCUGUACACGGUCAUGGUCCGGCAGUUGUGCGAUAACCCCUCGCUAGCUGAUACCGUGCUCAAGCUCUUUCCCGGUCAGCUCCCCUACGAGCGCACCGGUGCCGAAGGCACGCUAGUCGACGGCGUCCCCGUCGUGGACGUGUUCAUGGUCGAAGGCAUUCGCACCAAGAACUGCUUCUCCUCCCCGCUUUCCACCUACGACGACACCAAGCCUACUUACAACUCGGCGCGCAUGGCGAAGGGACUAUGGGCGCAUUCCAGUUUGAUGAACCACAGCUGCGUGCCCAACACCAUGCGGUCGUUUGUGGGUGACAUGCUCAUCUGCCGCGCUACGAGGGAUGUAAAGGAGGGCGAAGAGCUGUUCCAGCAGUACGUGCCUGUCAAGACGCUGGUGGAUGUGCGCAACAAGGAGUUUGCGGAGGGUUGGGGGUUCGGGUGUCGGUGUGGGUUGUGCGAGGGUGAGCGGAAGUCCUCAGAAGAAAAGUUGAAGAAGAGGAAGGAAGCGAUGCUGGCGCUGGAAAAGUUCCUGGAUAAGAAACCGUCCAGUGGCAAUAACAAGGGGACGCCCAUCAUCGUGCCCGAUGCGACGAUCAGGACGGUCGAUAAGAUGAUGAGGCAACUCGAGGAGUUGCAUGAGACGGAAGUGUAUGACACUUUGGCGCUGCCGAGGUUGACGCUGGUUUAUCCGUGCAACUGGUUGGUGGAUGCGCACAGGGCCAAGAAGCAGUGGGGGAAGGUGGCCAAGUACUCGUUGAAGGUGUUGAGGAACUUUGGGUUUAAUGCGGUGCCCAAGGAUGAGGAUCCCGCCAAGUUGACGGUCGACUGGGAUCCGAAAGAGAUUUAUACGAGGAGCGGGGAGGUGAGCUUGAUGGCGGUCCAUGUGGUUGCUUCGUUGAGGAGGCUGGCGGAGGCGUAUACUGCUUUGGGGCAUAAGGAACUGGCGGAGAGAUGUGUGGAGGCGGCUAAGUUUGGGUAUACCAUGGUGACUGGAUUUUCGGAGGAUGUUGAUGCUCUUGGUCAUUGA